CCUUCACUCAAGCAAACCAAAAACUUUGAUCGCUUUCGACAUACACAUCUCGGCUCACACUCAGCAACUGAUUACCAGCAAACUACAAGAUGGGUAACGGAGCCAAAGCACAGCAGAAACGCGACAGGAAGGGCGAUGCCGGCCCAAAGGAAGCAAAGAGCCAACUGAAAGCCAACGCUGCCGCCCAGACCAUCAAGUGCAAGACCUGCUUCCAGACAUUCCAGGGCACCACGAGCCGUAAGAUGCUUACCGACCACGCAACCAACAAGCACAGCAAGGACUUUGCUGUCUGCUUCAACGAAGACGAGGGUGUUGUAAAAUAAGUCAUCCAACCUUCGAGCGAACGUGCGGAUCAAAAAGCGAAGAAGGAUAACGGCCGAUACGACGAAGUUUGCUAUUUACAUGAGCAUGAGAUACCACGAGCGAGGAGUGAGGAGUUGGUGACGGCGAUGGCGAUUCAGGGCGACUUGAUAGUACAUGAUACACAGGCGUAGAUGGGUGAUAUAUUGACAAUCCGACUCUGGGAUACUCACAUACUUGUACCGCUCAUGUUCAUUUAUGAGGCGUGAUUAUCUAUUCUGCGGACUAACAAAAGUGCACUCUAGUACCGAACACGUCAAAAUCCACGAGCCUAAGAGUACACGCAGGUCGUGAGACUCACCUGCAAGAGGACGACUGAGACAGAUGCAUUAGAAAAAUAAUAAUCUAUAUUGCAGAGAUGUUGACCAAGUCAUUCAGAGGAAAGAUGACAGAUGGAACAAUAGUGUACUCGCAAGCUCUCCAGUACCAUGGCAACCUUGCAUUUCAAUGCGAGAUGGGGU